CAGGGAUGAGGAAACACCUGUAGAAAAGGAAACAAGAAUACAGGUAUAGCAUCUUCUUGGCCAGUGUAGAAGAUGGGGAUAAUUGCUACCUGUUUGCUGAUCUGUGCAGCAAUUAACUACCAAUAAUGUCCAGGCUCAGAGCAGGAAAAAAUAUGCUCACCUUCAUUUUACUCUUCUUUCUCCUGAACAUUCCACUUUUUGUGCCUAGUUUUAUUUAUCCCAGGUGCUUUUGGAGUAUGAAGAAGAAUGAAUAUCAGGAUAGAAACCUGGGAACAGGUUGUAUGUUCUUUAUUCUAGCAGUACAACAGCCUAUGGAAAAAGAGUAUUUCAGUCAUAUUUCGAAUAUACAAACACCUACUGAAAACCAAAAGUAUCCUCUCACCUUGGCUUUUUCCAUGAAUGAAAUCAACAACAACCCUGAUCUUUUGCCAAAUAUGUCUUUAGCAUUUACAUUCUCAGAAUAUAGUUGUUAUUUGGAAUCCCACCACAAAAGAUUAUUUAAUUUUUCUUUAAAAAAUCAUGAAAUUCUCCCUAAUUUUAUCUGUACAAAAGACAUCAAGUGUGGAGUGGUACUUACCGGACUUAGUUUGGUAACAACUGUGACACUUCAUAUAAUCCUAAACAAUUUCAUAUUUCAGCAGUUCCGUCAGCUUACUUAUGGACACUUUCAUCCUGCUCUGUGUGAUCAUGAAAAUUUUCCUCAUCUAUAUCAGAUGGCCUCUGAUGAUACAUCUCUAGCCCUUGCUCUCGUCUCCUUCAUAAUUCAUUUCAGUUGGAACUGGAUAGGGUUGGCCAUCUCAGACAAUGAUCAAGGCAUACAUUUUCUCUCUUAUUUGAGAAGAGAGAUGGAAAAAAAUACAGUCUGCUUUGCCUUUGUCAACAUUAUUCCAGUCAAUAUGAAUUUAUACAUGUCAAGAGCUGAAGUGUAUUACAGCCAAGUUAUGACAUCAUCCGCAAAUGUUGUUAUCAUUUAUGGUGAUACAGGGAAUACGUUAGCUGUGAGCUUUAGAAUGUGGGACUCUCUAGGUAUACAGAGACUAUGGGUCACCACCUCACAGUGGGAUGUCACUCCUUUUAAGAAAGACUUCACAUUUGAUAAUGGAUAUGGAACUUUUGGUUUUGGACACCGCCACAGUGAGAUUUCUGGUUUUAAAUAUUUUGUUCAGACAUUGAACCCUUUCAAAUACUCAGAUGAAUAUUUGGUAAAGCUGGAAUGGAUGUAUGUUAAUUGUAAAAUCUUAGAAUAUAACUGUAAGUCACUGAAGAACUGCUCCUUUAAUCACUCAUUGGAAUGGCUAAUGACACAUACUUUUGACAUGGCCAUUAUUGAAGGGAGUUAUGAAAUAUACAAUGCUGUAUAUGCUUUUGCCCAUGCACUCCAUGAGAUGACUCUUCAAAAUGUUGAUAAUGUUCUCCUUCCCAAUUAUGAAGAACAAAAUUAUAAUUGCAAGAUGGUUUAUUCCUUUCUGAGCAAGACUCAAUUCACAAAUCCUGUUGGAGACACUGUGAAUAUGAAUCAAAGAAACAAACUGAAGGAAGAGUACGACAUUUUCUACAAUUGGAAUUUUCCACAGGGACUUGGAUUUAAAGUGAAAAUAGGAAUAUUUAGUCCAUAUUUUCCAAAAGGUCAACAGCUUCAUUUAUCUGAAAAUCUGAUAGAGUGGUCCACAGGACGUAUACAGAUGCCAACCUCUGUGUGCAGUGCCGAUUGUGGUCCUGGAUUUAGAAAAGUCUGGAAGAAUGGAAUGCCAGCCUGUUGUUUUGACUGCAGUCCCUGCCCAGAAAAUGAAAUUUCUAAUGAGACAAAUGUGGAAUUGUGUGUCCAGUGUCCAGAGGACCAAUAUGCUAACCAAGAGCAGAAUCACUGCAUUCACAAAGCUCGUAUCUUUCUCUCUUAUGAUGAACCCUUGGGGAUGGCUCUUUCCUUAAUGGCCUUAUGCCUCGCUGCACUCACAGUUGUGGUUCUUGGAGUCUUUGUGAAACAUCACAGAACUCCCAUAGUUAAGGCCAAUAACUGCACUCUCACCUACAUCUUGCUCAUCGCACUCAUCUUUUGUUUCCUCUGCCCCUUGUUCUUCAUUGGCCAUCCAAACUCAGCUACCUGCAUCCUUCAGCAAAUCACAUUUGGAGUUGUGUUCACUGUGGCUAUUUCCACUGUGUUGGCCAAAACAACCACUGUCAUUCUGGCUUUCAGAGUCACAGCCCCUCAUAGAAUGAUGAAGUACUUUCUUGUUUCAAGGGCAUCUAACUACAUCAUUCCCAUUUGUACUCUCAUUCAAAUUAUUGUAUGUGCCAUCUGGCUAGGAGCUUCUCCUCCUUCUGUUGAUAUUGAUGCACAGUCUGAGCAUGGUCACAUCAUCAUUGCUUGCAACAAGGGUUCAGUCACUGCUUUUUACUGUGUCCUGGGAUAUCUGGCCUGCCUGGCCUUUGUGAGCUUCACCCUGGCUUUCCUUUCCAGAAACCUGCCUGUCACCUUCAAUGAAGCCAAGUCCAUGACAUUCAGCAUGCUGGUGUUCUGCAGUGUCUGGGUCACUUUCCUACCUGUUUACCAUGGCACCAAAGGCAAGGUUAUGGUGGCUGUUGAGAUCUUUUCCACCUUGGCUUCUAGUGCAGGAAUGUUGGGAUGCAUUUUUGCUCCAAAAUGCUACACAAUACUGUUUAGACCAGACAGAAAUUCUCUUCAAAUGAUCAGGGAGAAGUCAUCUUCUCAUACUCACAUUUUAUAAAGUCUGACUGACACAGGCAUUGUUGGUUCAUAAUCACCAAAUAUUCGAUUACAUUGCCAUAUCUAUUUUUAGAAUGACUGUCACUGUUCCCUUUGAUGAUAUUGCGUAGCAAGAUCAUGUCUACUGAGGACUACCUUAUCUCCUAUAAUCUUCCAACAUUUUCUACAUCAAUCCUACUCUUUUAGAGAAAGAGAUAAUAGAAUUUUAAACAUUUUCAGAAUUAGAGUUCUUCUAGGAACAGAGAAGAGAAAGAAUUAUUUUUUCAACAGGUUGAUAGAAUAUCAGGAAAGGGGUUGAAGUCACAACAAUAUAAAUAAAGCCCUGCUCUUGUACAGGAACUUAUGAAUACUCAAUCCCACCAACUACCAUUAACAACCACAUGUAACAAAUGUUAAAAAGGAUCAGAUGGUUUCUUAUUGUCUCCAAAUUUGCCUGAACUUAUUUAUGCACAUAAUGAGACACACACACACACACACACACACACACACACACAAACACACACACAAAUACAAAUUCCAUAAAAUUUUAAAAAUAUAGAAUAUUACAAAGACUUAACACUGGCAAUCUGCUCUUCAAUGUUCAUAAUUACAGGAACUUACAGGAAAAUAUGGGACAUAGGUAGAGAUGACUGGGUUUAUGUUAAGUCAUUUUAAAUAAGAACCCUCAAUUUUAAGUGUAUCAUAAAAGACACAGUUGUGAAAUUUUCAAGGACAGCACUACUUGUUGAAAUAAUCUCCAUCUGUGGAAUUUAUAGGGUUUUGUGACAAAGAUCAGUUCUGAUAUCAGAGAGUAAACUGAAGCAGGCAACCAUUAGUUGUCAGCACUGACAGCAGCUAAUGGAGGUUGCUUCAGAAAUCAAUUGAGGUUGAUUCUGGCAAUGAGCAGUUAGAGAAGAUAAAAAACAGGGAAAUCAAAUAUUCACACACACACACACACACACGUACACUCACAUGCACAAGCAAGUGCAUGCAUGCAAACUCACACAGACUACUUGAAGCAAAGGCAAGGUCCAGCCACUUGAAACAUACAAAUGUGUACAUAUAGACAGACACAGACAAACACAUACAUAUCCACAUGUUAAAUGGCUGGAGCAAUGUCAGCCAGCAGGCUCCAUGUAUUUCACAUAUGUACAUAUAUGCAUGUAAAUAAAUAUUCAGAUAUACACAUAUUCACAUGUACUGGUGGGUAGGUGGAAUAAAGUUCCAAAAAACAGGCCCCAGGAAUUUUACACAUAAUGUACAGACAUAUAUAAACACUAUUGGUGGAAGAACAAGCUCCAACAUAUUCAGGGAAGCAUUGCAUAUACAUACAUAUAGAUUUGAUGGAUGGAACAAAGUUCCAACAAAUUCUCACAUGAACUUUAUAUAUGUAUAUACAUGAAAGGCAGCCUGGUUCCCAGUUGAUCAGAGGUUUGAAAGCCCAGUGACCCUAAAAAAGAUGGUAGCCAUUUAGCCUGAUUCCCAGUAAACCAGGCAAGUCACUAGCCACAGCCCUCCAUAGAAUUUUGGCCAUCAGUCACUUAAGCCCAACACCCUCCACAGAUUAAAGGAAGUGAUUACAGGUCACAGGGACUCAGAACACAUUUCCAUUAUGUGACAUAGUCAAAGACUUGGAGACUUAGCCAAUAAACUUUCCUUCCCUGAAACUCCUCCCUGCAGGCCAACCUUGAAAAGAGGGGUAUGGUUUUACUCAUCUGCUUUCAGCCGUGACAAUAAAUGACUUAAAACAAUG